UGAGGUGGCUGGCCUGCCCUUCCCACUGGCCUUGUUCUCUGCGCCCACCUGCCCUCAGUGCAGAGAGGGCACAGAGGGAGAUGCCACGCUCUGCCACCUCCCUGCCAGAGCCGGGAGGAGGCAAUUCCCGCUCCUGUGUGCCGGCAGCCCUGCGGCGGGGUGAGGAGCAUGCCCUGCGGCAGGGAGAGGCCGGGAAUGGCUGCGGUUUGGGGCUGGCUCUGAAAGCGGCCCCGCCAGGCGCUCGCACACAGGGCAGGUGAAUGCAAACGCUGCCCGGGGCGGCAGCUUCCCGGGGGUGGAGCUGCUCCGGCACAGGUGGCAGGGCUGAGCCCGGGGCCCUGCGAGCCUGGCGAGCCCUGCUGCAAACCCGAGCCCAAGGCAACCAGCCUUCACCUGGGCAGGGAGGCCACCUCCCUGAAAACCCAGCUACUGUCCCCCUCCAGCACCACCAGCAGCACGCAAGGCUGUCCGUGGCGAGCAUGGACUGUCCGGGGAAGGAAGGCACCGGGGGAAGGAGGAGGAAUUUGACCCUGCUAAGGAACAAGCUGUACAUGGGGCAGAGGAGGAGGACAGAGCCCGUGGUAGAGAGCACCAGCACCGCCGGGGACCACGGCAACUUGAGGAGGAGUCAAUCCGACAGGACAGAGUACAGCCAGAAAUUGCAAGAAAAAAUGGCUCCGCAGGCGGUGUCCUCAACCCCUGCCACCCCGCUGCAGGAGAAUGAAGAAGAUGAAGAAGAAGUCAGCAGACGCAUGAUGGCCAGGAGGAUGAAAAUCAUCGCAGAACUCUUGCAGACGGAGAAAGACUAUAUCAGUGACCUGGAUCUCUGCAUCAAGGAAGUGAUUCAGCCCCUGAGAAACAUGCAGAUUGCUCGCUUUGACGUGGAUGGCUUGUUUAGCAACAUUGAAUUGGUCCAUCAGCUAUCAGCCAAACUGCUGUCAUUGUUGGAAGAAGCCACAACAGAUGUGGAACCACCCAUGCAAAUAAUCGGGGAAGUGUUCUUGCAGAUUAAAGGCCCACUAGAAGACACAUAUAAAAUCUAUUGCUAUCACCAUGAUGAUGCACACACCAUGCUGGAAUACUAUGAAAAGGAUGAAGAACUGAAGCAGCAUUUAAGAGACUGUGUACAGUCCUUAAAAAAAAGAUAUGAAGAAGAAGGAAAGCCAAAUCUAAUGGACCUGGGAUCCCUAUUGAUCAAACCAGUGCAACGGCUGAUGAAAUAUCCCUUGUUACUCCGUGAGCUCUUGAACUCAACUCCUGCUUCUCACCCUGACCACAAGCCACUACAAGAUGCCCUUUUUGCUAUGAAAAACAUUAAUGUGAACAUCAAUGAACUUAAAAGGAGGAAAGAUUUAGUGCUGAAGUAUAGGAAGAAUGAUGAUGAUGAAACCCUUAAAGAAAAGUUUUCCCGACUGAAUAUUCACUCCAUUAGCAAGAAAUCCAAGAGGGUCACCAGCCAUCUGAAAAUACUGACGAGGGGAGAACCUCAGGUGAAAGAUGGAACUUUUAAUAAGGAAGAAAAGUUGUUUCAAACUCUAGAGAAGACUGUGAAAUUGUGUGUGAAGAACAUUUCGCUCUGUUCGCAACAUCUCCAGGAUUCUAUACAUCUGGCUGCCCAGAAUAUAAUUGAGCUUCAGGAAAUCCUGCAAGAUAAAGAUGACAAAGUUGAUGACUGUUCAGAAAAACAGACCAACACUGCAAAUCUAUGUGAAGACUUUAUGGCUCAGCUGGACAAGCUUGUCUUGACUCCUCUGACAGCACUGCAAGCCCUGUUUCCAGGCCCUCAGAAGCUCAUCCAGAAGCGCUAUGACAAAUUGUUGGACUACAACAGCUACCUUCAGAGGUCAGCUCGAGAGGAGCUGGACCUGGCAAAGAAAGACUAUGAGGCUCUAAAUGCACAGCUAGUGGAAGAACUUCAGGUAUUCAACAGAGCAGCCAAAAAGAUCGUGUUGAACUGUCUACAUUGCUUCAUCACCCUCCUCAGGAAUAUUACGUUUGCAGCACUUCAAUCAAACUCUGCUGUUGUGGUGCCUGUUCCACUGUCCUCCUCAAGCAUCUGUGAAGUGCAGAAUCAAUUGAUAGAGGAGGUUCACAAACUGAAUUUUGUAAAAGAAAACAGCAGUGCAAUCUUUAUUGAGAGAAAAUCGAGCCUGGAAAAAAAGAAACCUGUUCCUUCUCCGCUGGAGUCCCCACGGCAAACAGAGGAGCACAGGUCCAAGCUGCUGUCCACGUACAGCACCGAGUCACUGUACCAGGCUAAGCGCAAGUGCAACGCCGCGCAGGAAUUGGAUAUUGACUUGCAUGAAGGAGAACUGGUGGCUGUUGUGGAGCAAAAGGAUCCCUUUGGAAGCACAAGCAGAUGGCUUGUUGACACAGGAAUCCUCACAGGAUAUGUGUAUUCCUCCUUCCUGAAGCCAUACAAUCCAGCCAAAGCACAGAAGGAUGUAGCAGAAAAUGGCUUUGGUGAUGAUGAUUUUGAUGACAUCAGCCUCUUUGUCUCUUCACGGCCCCUUACUGACAGCAGCACGAGCAGCCCAGGGUACAAGAAGAGCGACAGCAGUUCACCUUUUCACUUCUGUGAAAAUUCUUCUAUCAAUGGCACGGAGACUGGGGCUCUUCAGGGUAUGGAUGAUCAGCAGAUCUUCUAUGCUGUUUAUGCAUUUCAAGCUAGAAGUGAUCAAGAACUCAGCCUUCAGGAGUACCAGAGGGUGAGGAUACUUCGCUUUUCCGAUCUGAGUGGAAAUAAGGAAUGGUGGCUAGCUGAAGCAAAAGGCCAGAAGGGAUAUGUACCAUCUAAUUAUCUAGGGAAGAUGACAUAUGCUUAGGAGGGGAAGGGUCUGUUGAGCCAGACUCCCUGAAGCAGACAGAAUAAUCAUCCGUUAGGUUUGCUGCAAGCAAAGCAAGCUCAAAAGUGAUUGACAGAAGCCAUGGUAUCCAGCACACAGAUGAUACUGAGAACCUCCAUUCUCCAAAAGCCAUCACCUUGUCAAGACCUGAGGGAGGAAACAUUUAACAGGAAGACUGAUUCUGAUUAACAUGCUGAAGAGCUUGCUUUUCUAUUACCCCAUAAUUUUCUCUUUUGUCAAAGCGUCGUACAUCAAGACUCAACCUACAAGUACAAAUCACAGAUGAAAUUACAUUUUUCUUCCAUGAUAUUUAGCAAAUAAUAUUCAAGAUGAAGAGAAUUAGCCUUGAAAAAGGACAAAUUCAGUCAUCAGGGAUACUGUAGGCUGAGUUGUUCCUGAACUGUUAUCUCAGUGAACACAGACACAUCUUAAAACUUGAGCUAUUUUGAUAGUCUGUUUUUAUGCUCAGCCGCUUUUGUGAAGAACCUUUUUUCUCAGUGGAGAUUAUUGGACUGGGAAAAGAAAAAGGGCUUUAAUUUUAAGGAAACAUUUCAACAUUUAAGACAUACCAGGUGUGGUGGUACCAGUGACUAGUCCCAGGGUAGAAGGGGAACAGUUUGUAGGAAUAUGGAAGUGCCCCAAGUUUGAAAUCCACAUAUGUCUCCACACUAACUGCUUUAGUGCAAGAUCUGUGUAGUGAAAUGAAACCUAUGUUAUUAGUCUUGGGAAAUUUACUAGUUAAAAAGAAAAAAAAAAGAAAGAAAAAAAGAAGAGAAGUCAAGUGGUGCCUUUCGAUUAACAUUUAGUGCCUCUCUGAUUCCUUAAGUCAGAUGCAGGGAUCAUAAUAUCUAGUCAAUAAGUUUCUUUAGGUUCACUGACUGCAGUGAUUCCUAGGUCAGGCUGGUGCCCUGCAUUUAAGACAGACUAAAUGGUGACAGCAACCAGAAAACACCUCCUUGUGACUCUCACUGGUAUCUGAGUGCUCAACAAAAGGUAUUUCACCACAGCAGUGCCAAGGUCCUCUAGUGAUUAGCCAAGACCUGGUGCAAAGCACUGCAAAAGGAAACAAAAAAAGUGAUUAUGCCUGCUGCAAAUAACUGAAAGUAAACUCCUGUCAGGUAUUUUCUGGUUUGCAUAAUUGCUUGUACUUAUUACAAAAAUGACAACACUGUUACAAUCGAGG